AUGAGAGCCCAAAAGACGCCAUCGAUUUCAUCGGCGUCAGAUCCACGUGAGGGUUACAGAUUUAAUAGUAAUUCGUCAAAUGAAAAUGAUAACACAUCGAUAUUAAUCAGACGUUCAAGUGUAAGUUCAGAAAUUCCGAGGCAUGAGGAACCUGACACUAAAUUGCGUCCAACAGGCGUUUCAUACGAACGGAUUAGCCCAGAAAAUAGAAGAUGGCUUUUAAUAUGGAGGAUAUUUAUGACUGUAGGAAUCGUUCUUUUGGUUAUAGCGUACGCAUUCUUCGUUAUGGGAUUAUUCUACCCAUUGAUUUAUAUAAACGCAGGUGAAAUAUCGGAUCCAGAUGAAUUUGAGCCAACAUCGGAAACUUUACCUCAUUCAAUAGUGACGUUAUACCGCCAGGGUGCUUAUACUACAAUUUUCAUAGCGAUCACGUUUUCACUUAUGCUACCCUUUAUCAAGAUGUUUGCACUUUGUAUCAUACCGAUAAUAGUCGUAAAACAUCGUAGCAAACAGUUGCUCAUAUACUUUGGCUCAAAUUCAUCUAACUUAGACAGAUCGUCCUUUGAAGAUGACAAGGCAAUAAAGUACUCCAGGGAAAUCUUGCUCAUUUUAAAAUUGAUAUCCAAGUUCCAACUUGUUGAUUCUAUUAUAUUGUUUUUCAAUAUAGCAUAUCUAAGAUCUGCAUUUGUUUGGGCAGAAGGGGGGCACGGCUUAUUAUAUAUCAUUAUUUAUUGUUUGGCAUCCCUGGCUGGUACCCAGCUGGUGAAUUUGGCAGUAGAAGGGGAAAAGGACAUAUUUGAUUAUUGGUAUGCUAUACGUUACGCUAUAAAUCCAAAUUCUAAAAGAUCUAUAUCUCUCACAAAGGGAGCUGGUGGAAACGAUAAUCAAGAUGAUCCCAGAAAGAACUGGUAUACGUCUGAAGUUUUUAUUUGUCUUCUUGUGAUUUUCAAUAUUUUGUCUGGUGUUUCAAUGCUAGCAAAUGAAAAAUUGUUUUCCGUUAGCUUUACUGCCGAUAGAACUAAGCUUAUUUCGAUAGAUGGGAAUUCAUUCACAAUUUUAGAAAUUAUUAUGAAUUUGUCUGACUGUUGGGGAGUGGCACCUAUUUUCAUCUUGUUCAUUCAGUCGAUUGUAAUCCCAUUGGUUUUUUCAGUACUUUUCGUCUCUGGGAUUUUUUGCUACAAUUUUACCAUGCACGCAAAGACAAAUAACAGGUUGAUGGUGAGAGUUAAUGACGACAAAGAUUCUGAAGAAUGUUUAAAUUGGGAAGGAAAAUGUACAAAGUUUAUAUUUGGAACAUGUAAUGUACUUUCCGAAUGGUCAAGUGGUGAAGUUAUUGCUCUUGGUGCACUUGCCGCAUAUUAUUCGCUUUUAACUGCUUAUCGUGUUAAAUUAUCUGUUCCACCAAAGAAUUUUGCGUCAUGUUUUUCUAUGGUUGGAGUUUUUGGAAUUUCAUCUUUAUUGUUGAAUAUAGUUUUUUAUAUUUGGAACAACAGGGUAAAACAUGAACUGAGUGAUGUCUCUAUUUUUGUCAGUCGGUUGGAAACUCCAAAGGAAGUUACACCUGAAUAUUUAAAUCAGAAUUCGAAUGUGACUACUGAAGAACCAUCCGAUGAUGUACCAAAAUACAAACUGAUUUUUAUAAGGAUCAUUGAUGGCAUAAGAUAUAUAAUAUAUUCCAAAGUUAUUGUUUCGCUCUUCUUUGCUUCUCUUUUCCUCGUCAUGAUAUUCCUUACAGUGUUUGCAUUUACGUUUACCAUUAAAGAGAAAACUGUAAACCAACAUGAAGUGCAAAGAUUCUUGGAUACAGGCAUGCCGCAGAUCUAUACAAUGAUUAAAAAGAAUCUGCCUAUGAGUUUUGGGCAAUGCGAUUAUCCCCCUGCUAUCGCACCAAUACCAUGUUCAGGAACCUCUCCACUAUUUCGUUUUCACGGAACGGCAUUCGUUGAAAUCCCUUGGAUUUCAGGGGUACAAUCGAUAAACUUUUUGGAUUCUGAAUUUAAUAUAACCCCUGAAAAGAGACUACAAUUCAGAAUGCAUAUUACCUUUAAUAAGCUAAGAUUGUUUUCAAAGGCAGGAAUAUGUAUAGGACCAUGCAAAACUCUAAUCAACGGUGACAACUUGUGCUGUGGUGACAACAUACACGUUGAAAUAGUAGCUUCAAUAGAAUGUAAUGAGAAGGCUCCACAACUCAGAAAUCUAAAUAUCAAUGCCUUGAAGGUGAAGAAUAUACGUGUCAUGAGCAACUUGAAUUAUAUUAUUCAUAAAAUUGUGAAUAUAGAAUCCGUCAUAGAAUCUAGGUUGAAAACACAUUUCAACCAAAUCAUGACGGAUUCUGAUUUCAAGAUUCUCUGGAGAGGCGUUCCUUUUACUUUGCUUGAAUUUAUCAAUUACGUUCUCCUUCAAAACUUCCCACGUGGACUCAAAUGUCCGAAUUAA